GCCCCGCAGCCCCUCAUGCCCCGCCUCGUAACCCGCAGAAGGGAGGAACGCGGCUGCGGCGCUACCGGCGGGCCGCUGUUUCCCGGGGAGCCGUAUUGCGAGCGGACCGCGGGCGGGCGGGCGGCGGCAGCGCGGUCCCCGCUCCCGCCCCGUUCCGCCCCUUCCCUGCCCUCCCCUUCCCACUCCCUUCCCUCCCCUCCUCUUCCCACUCCCUUCCCUCCUCCCUUCCCGCCCUCUCCCUCGGCAGCCGGCGGGAGCCAUGCACGGCGGCGGCGGGGCGGCGGCGGCCGGGCGGCGGUAGCGGCGAUGGUGGGGCCGGGCGCGCUGCAGCGGGCGCGGCGCCUGUGCCACUGGGGCCCGGCGGUGGCGCUGGCCGUGGUGGCCGUGUGCUCCGCCACUGCCAUGGCCGACGCCGCGCUCUGGUACUGGCCCCUGGACACGGCCGGGGGAAGCGUCAACUUCGUGAUGCUGCUCAACUGGACCGUCAUGAUCCUCUACAACUACUUCAGCGCCAUGUUCGUGGGCCCCGGGUACGUCCCGCUGGGGUGGACGCCGGAAAAAUCUCAGGAUUGCAUGUAUCUCCAAUACUGUAAAGUGUGUCAGUCUUACAAGGCCCCUCGUUCACACCACUGUCGGAAGUGUAACAGAUGUGUGAUGAAGAUGGAUCACCACUGUCCUUGGAUCAACAACUGUUGUGGAUACCAGAAUCAUGCAUCUUUCACUCUCUUUCUCCUCUUAGCUCCACUGGGAUGCAUUCACGCUUCUUUCAUAUUUAUUAUGACAAUGUACACUCAGCUUUACAACAGAAUAUCUUUUGGGUGGAGUUCUGUGAAGAUUGACAUGAGUGCAGCCAAAAGAGACCCCCAUCCCAUUAUUCCCUUUGGACUGUCUGCAUUUGCUGCAUCUUUAUUUGCCUUAGGACUGGCGUUAGGAACAACUAUUGCUGUUGGGAUGCUGUUUAUUAUCCAGAUGAAAGUAAUUUUGACAAAUAAAACUUCAAUCGAAUCCUGGAUUGAAGAAAAGGCCAAAGACAGAAUCCAGUACUACCAAACGGGUGAGACCUUUAUCUUCCCCUAUGAUAUGGGAAGUAAAUGGAAGAACUUCAGGCAAGUGUUUACAUGGUCUGGGAUUCCUGAGGGAGAUGGCCUGGACUGGCCAGUUAGAGAUGGAUGUCACCAAUACAGUUUGACGAUAGAGCAACUGAAACAGAAAGCAGACAAGCGAGUAAGAAGUGUGCGGUAUCGAGCCAUAGAAGAUUACAGUGGUGUCUGCUGCCCUGUGACUAAGGGUGUUAAAACAUUCUUCACAACACCGUGCACUGAAGAACCUAGAAUUGCACUGAGUAAAGGAGAUCUGAUUUUAGCCACCAGAGGCUUAAAACACUGGAUGUAUGGUGAGAAGAUUCUUAUCUCAGCUGCUGAUGGUGGAAUAAGAGAACGAGGCUGGUUCCCUAGGAAGUGUGUGGAAAAGUACCAGUAUGACUCUGAAACGGAUCAACCAGUGGAUGGAGAGAAGAAAAGCAAAUAGCCUUCUAAUUUUUUUAAAUAUGAAAUGGAAUUUUUACUUCAGACCACAAUCCUUUACUUGAAAUUUUCUGUAUAUUACUUUGAACUUAUGCAAUGAAUAUGUUAGGACGAGGUUUUCUUUUCCUCACGGCUGAAAGGGUUGUAUAUGCCUGUGCCAUGGUUUGCAUACUUUUUAAACAAUAAAUAAUUGAAGAAGCCAUUCAGUGGAUUGCCUUCAAGAUGCAUCUUUUUCAUCACAAGUGAAUGAAAUUUGGAUUGCUUUUUUCUGUUUAAAUUGCAUUCUGAGCAUUAAGGUUUUAGGUUUUUUUCCUCAGCCGCAUCUGAUCAUUAUGCGUGCUGCUUAUCUUUUGUAUUUCUCUGAAGCUGCCCCUGAAAAUAAACACCUGAUUCAAAUUCCAGAUAAAAUUUGUUACCUGUGACUUUUAAUGAUGUGAAUUGUCCACCUCAAAUAAAUGAUACAUUCAUAUUCA